UUGGCUUCGGGUUUCUUCGUUGUCUUCGCAAAAACAAACUUAAGAUUCCUCAAGAAUUUCGUCGGCUUUUGAGUGCAUAAUUGAUAACCGUAUUAAACAUAAUUUUAUUACCAAAUAUGCCUUCUUGAAGUUGGCUUAACUGGCAAGUUGGCUUAACAUUUGCUCAUGUUUUUCGUUCGUCAAUAACAACUCAAUACAACAAACUGAUCGCCGGUUAAAAACAUCAGGAUGUGAUGACAAAAAUACUUGUAACAAGAAUAACAGUGAGGAAAUAUGGAAUUUUGUACACCCUUUGAGCCCCUGGCGUCUGCGCACGUUAAUUAAUUCCUUGUUUUGUUUGCCGUUUAUUUUCGCAAAAAUUAUGUUUGUGUGCACCAAAGCGAGUGCGUUUUCACCAAAUGUAACUGACACCGGCUAAAUCCGCCUUUUCCGAGGCUUUUGCGGUGCCAAAAUAUUCGCAAAACCAGCAACGGGGCUCUCCAAAAAGGGCAGGAAAACUCGGGCCAAUAAAAGAUACAUACAAGAAAAAUAAGCGACUUCGCGAAAGCCGUGCGUGAGUGUUGUUGCGUUGCGUUUGUGUGUGUGUGAUCGCGCGCGGGAACGGGGAGUUGUUGUAAAACAAACAAACAAACAAAUAAAACUAGUGUGAAGAAUAAUUUGCGCUGUUUAAACAAUUAGCCGCAAGACAAGCUCGCGAGUGUGUGCGUGUGUGUGUGUAUCCCUGGAAUGCGCUGUGCAAAUGUUUGUGAUUUGUUUUGAAAGAGGAGAAGGAUCGAGCGAGAAGGAGGUUCGGAUUGGAAUAAAAACACACAUAUACAUACAUACAUCUGCUGGCAUAUGUAAAUGUGACUUGACAAUAUGCCGCUGAGGUCGUAGACUCCGAGUGAGUAGAUUAAGGCGAGGGCAGGAAAAAACCGAAACGACACCGAAGGCAAACAAGGAACCAACACAAAAAUGUCCGGCAAUCAACAACAGCAGCAGCAGCAACAACAACAACCACAGCAAAAGUCAUUAACCAACGCGGCAGCAACAUCAGUAACUACAAACGGAGCAACAAGCACUUUAAACAAUAAUUUGAUAAAAAUAAAUAGCGUUGACAAAAUAAUAGGCAAAGCCCAGGCAGCGGCGCAGGCAAUUAACAAACAUCAGCAGCAGCAGCAGCAACAUAUCCAUCAGAGACGCUCUUUGUUACCAGGAACGACAGCAACAUUGGCAACAGCAGCAGCGUCUGCUUCAACUCAGCACCAGCAACACUCAACGCAGCAACAAAGCGGAACGCCAACGCCGGCGCAGUCACCAGCCCAAAAACAGCAGCAGCAGCAGCAGCAAUCACACCAAUUGCAGACCGUGGCCACAAUACAUCAGCAGCACUCCACGCAGCAGCAGCAGCAGCAGCAUCAUCAUCAGGCAUUGACUUCCCGCCUGCCCAUCCAACAGCAAUCUGCUAAAGAAUUGCCUAAUCUUCCACCGCAGCAACGUCGCAGCUUCUACCAGUUGCAACAGCAGCAGCAAUCUCUGCGCAGCCCGCAGAUAAAAACACCGGCUCCCGCCCACUCCAUACCGCCGAGGUAUCAGCCACCCCCGCAGCCAGGAACCGGGAUACUCAAACCCCACUUGCCCAUCAAGUAUCCGCCGGAUAUACCACAGUUAUCAAGCAUCUACAUACCCGACUCCAUAAAGCAGCAGCAGCAGCAGCAGCAUUCGCGGUAUCUGCAACAUCAGACGGGAGCGAAGGGCGGAAGGGACAGGCACGAUAUGCUGAAGUUUGUGCGCAAGCCCGAUCAGGAGCAUCCAUCGCCCAAUGCCUCGGUCACGUCCAGCGGCACGGGAAUACCCUCGACCAACGGAGGUGGCCGCUUAACGGCCGAACAGAACCGCCAGCUGCAGUCGCUGGUCAAUGAGUUGCGGGCAUUGAAGGAGCAGAACCAACGUCUGCUGGACGACAACCAGGAGUUGAGGGAUCUGUGCUGUUUCCUCGACGACGAUCGGCAGAAGGGUCGUAAGCUGGCCAGGGAGUGGCAGCGAUUUGGGCGAUACACAGCCAGUGUGAUGCGCCAGGAGGUGGCAGCCUAUCAGAACAAACUACGUCAGCUGGAUGAUAAGCAACAGGAGCUAAUCACCGAUAAUUUGGAGCUCAAAGAGCUCUGCCUGUAUCUGGACGAGGAACGAGCUCAUGUGGCAGCCAAUGCUAUAUGCGCCGGAUGCGGUGCCGCCACCAGAAAUGCAUUGCGCGAUGACGGCGAUGGCUCCAGUUCCAGUACCAAUGCCGACGAAACCAUUACCGCGUUAAGGAACUAUGCAGAGCAGCGGCAACUGCCACAGGAUCUACGUCAUGCCCACACGCUGAACGACCAGACGCUUCAGUAUGUACGCUCGCUGGAGCGACGCAUCCAGCAGCUGGAAGAGGAGCGCACCACGCCAACGGCCCAUCUGCAAACGACGACGCCCACGCCGCAGAAUACGCCCACGCAUGGCACAUCUGCAGCAACGCCAACACCAACAGCACCAGCCAAAUCAGCACCCUCGCCGCAUCACCACCAGCAGCCACAGCAUCAGCAUUCGCAACAGCAAACCCAGCAGCAACAGCAGGACAUUGUGGCCGCUGCAGCGGCAGCAGCUGCGGCUAUUCAACUACCAGAACCUAUUGCCGGACGCCCGGAAGCGGUAGUACGUGCCCUGCAGGUCCUCGAGGUGCGAGAACAGCUGGAACGCGAUCGUCUGGGCAACUUGGCCGGCAGUGCCCUCGACCAGAUGGAUGAUGGCGAGAAGGCGCUGGUGCGGGAGAUGUGCAACGUGGUUUGGCGCAAGCUAGAGGGCAGUCCCCAUGGACCAGCGGCACUGGAGCCGCUCUAAGCGGACGAGGAAAUAUAUGGAGGAGAGAAACGGAUGCAACCUAAACCGGGCUAACACCUAGACUCUAAUGUUUAAUGCUAACUUAUGCCGUAAUAUUUAACCCUAAAACAUUGUACAAAGCUCAAACCACAACCUAAGCUUAAGCUUAAGCUACCAACAACAAGGCGCAAGAAUACUCAAAUAAUAUUUGGCAUGCUCCAGCAACUGAUUUAAAUGUUAAUCGAUUUAGAAAACAAUUUCCAAACUCUUAACCCUUUUUAAUUGUGUAUUUUAAUUUAACUUUGUCCCCAUAUUCAUUCAUAUAUAUUUUGCAAUUCAGCUUCCAAAUCGAGCUUUAACUGGUCUUAAAGCUGUACGAUUUGGAUGCGAAUCGAUAGCAGUAGCCCGAUGACUCCACGAAAAUCAAAUAAUCAACACAAUUGUUGUUUAUUUUUGAUUUGGAUCGAUUUUUUUUUUUGUAUUGAAUGAUCACUCUUUUUAAUUAGUUUGUAACUCUACGGAUCAGUUGAUGGGGUAUACUCAUCAUUAUUUUAUUUUACCUAUUAUAAACUUUGACUGUUAUUUUUGAAUAUGCCAAGAGGUCAACAACUUUCAAUGAAAAAUUUGCUAACUCGAAAUAUACAA